CCUCGGCCCCGCCCCCAGCCAGGUGGGCGGGCCCGGGCCGGCCGGGACGAGCUGUAUUGGCUCCCUACUUCCGCCCGGCAGGCGUCUAGUCGGUCAGUCGGUCCCAGCCGAAGACUGCGAGACUCCAAAGGCCAUUUCUGGGGCUUGGUAUUCGGCCUUUUUUUAAUCCUUUUUCUUCCUCCUUCUUUCACGUAAAUCAGCUUAAUCUGUACCCAAUUCGAUAACCCACUUAUCCCGCUGCUCCAGCGGAACCUUUGUGACGCCGGAACCAAUGUGCUCUGUAGUGCUGGCGGCCGGAGGACUGUUUUGAUGAAGGACCACCAAGGAUAUGAGAAGAGUUGGUCGGGACAGUUCCGGCGGGAGAACGCGCCGGAGAGGUUGUCGUCUUCGUCUCUUGAGAUGCACCGACAGAAUUUUCGACCCCCGACUCCUCCUUACCCCGGCCCGGGAGUAGGAGGUUGGGGUAGCGGGAGCAGCUUCCGAGGAACCCCGAGCGGAGGCGGACCACGGCCACCAUCGCCGCGGGACGGGUACGGGAGUCCACAUCACACGCCGCCAUACGGGCCCCGGUCUAGGCCCUACGGGAGCAGCCACUCUCCGCGACACGGCGGCAGCUUCCCCGGGGGCCGGUUCGGGUCCCCAUCCCCUGGCGGCUACCCUGGCAACUACUCCAGGUCCCCCGCGGGGUCCCAGCAGCAAUUCGGCUACUCCCCAGGGCAGCAGCAGACCCACCCCCAGGGUUCUCCAAGGACAUCUACACCAUUUGGAUCAGGGCGUGGUAGAGAAAAGAGAAUGUCUAAUGAGUUGGAAAGUUAUUUCAAGCCUUCAAUGCUUGAAGACCCUUGGGCUGGCCUAGAACCAGUAUCUGUAGUGGAUAUAAGCCAACAAUACAGCAAUACUCAAACAUUCACAGGCAAAAAAGGAAGAUACUUUUGUUAACAUUUCUGAAAUUCAACUGGAAGCUUCAUGUGUCAGGAACAUCUUGGACAAAACUUUUGCUUGUAAUUAAGUUGAACCCUAACAUGGUGACUUUGGAUAAUUAGUUGUGUCUUUCAUCAUAUCAAGUAUUUUUGGUAUUAGAGAAGACAUUUGGUAGGAUAAUUUGCAAUAUUUAGCUCUCUGGAAGUGCCUACCACAUUUUAGAAGAUUGACAGUUUCCAAAUACUUAACAGUCUUGGUUAUAUAAUGGACAUUUGUCUUUUAAUGUUUUUCCAGUAUUUUAAAAUAAAACAUUCUGUUUUUCUAGCUAUAUUGUGAUUUUGUCAUAUGCUAACGAAGAAUUACUAAAGUAAUGCUUUGUAAUCACUUAGAAUUCAUAAGUAUAUAUUUUACAUACUACUUUUGAAGUGAAAUAGACUAUCCUUUGUGCUGUAGACAGUUCUACAUUUGUUAGAGAGGGGGUAAAGGAAGAGAAUAAAGGAGAUUCCUAUUCAUAUUAUAACCAUUGUUCUGCGUGCAUACUUUAUGUAAUGCUUUUGUAAAAAUGCAUUUAAAACUUGAUUGAAAGUUACAGGAACCCACUUCAGCUUAAAUUAAAAAGUACUUAUACCCUUUAUACUCAUUUAACUGGAAAGGGCAAAGGUAGACCUAUUUCCUUCAUAACUAGGUCAAAAUAUUCUGCCUCUGAAUUUCUCUACUCCACAUCUCAGUACUGUGAAGUCAUUUUCUCUUGAGGCCCAGGAAGAUGGCUAUCAGGAGUCUCAAAUGACUUCCAUUGUGAAGAGAACAUUUCCUAACUCUGUCAAUCCCAGUGAAGACAGAUUGGCCAUGCUUAGAUCAUAUUUCAGUAGUCCUGAUCCGAUAACUAUGAUCAAGCCAGUGAGGCCUCAUUAGCUUGAACAUGGACCCACCCCUAAAAUGAGGCAGGGUCCAUGAUCUUCAGCCCCACUAGGCCUACCUGGAUUAAAGAAAGGUUUUCCAAAGGAAGGAAUGCUAAGUAUCUAUACAUACAGUAAUGGGGAGAAAAAUAUAAAGAAGUGGUUUUUUUUCCCCCUACUAUUUAAACAAAAUCAAGUCUUACAUAACGAGCAGGCUGUUUGAGAUAUUUUGGGGUCACAAUAUAUGAUGGAAGUAUAGCUGGUUAAAGUUUUGUUUGAACAUUCCCAGAAAGAAACCUGUAAAAGUGAAACGGUCACACCACCUAUUUGAGCCAUAACUAGUUUUAUUUGUAUGUUAGAUCUUUCACAGAGACAAAAAAGAAAAUGAGAAGGGAAGAAUUUUAGAUUUUAUAAGAGCUCCAUGAGACCCAGGACUACUACCAGUUACUAGCUAGGUGAGUUAUUUUAACUUCUCUGUGCCUCAAUUUUAUCAUAUGUAAAAUGAAGUUAAUAGUACCCAUGUCAUAGAGGUGUCGUGUUUGAGGAUUAAAUGGAUUUACCUGUGUGAAAACUUAGGCCAGAGCCUGGCACAUAGUAAGCACUCAAUAAAUGGUAGCUAUUACUUUCUCACCCCUGUAUCCUCAGCUCUUAAAAUGAUGCCUGAAAAUAGUAGGUGCUUAAUAAAUAUUUGGUGAAUGAAUGUA